GAGUUUGACAUUUGUCAUUUACGUUCAAAAUAAAUUAACAUAACCAAUAAAUCAAACAAGUGCACUAGGUUUUAUUAUUUUGAAAUCUAAUUACGAUUGCGCCAAGUUUUUACAAUGCUUAAGGUUUUUCGGAAACCUUUCAUAAAUAAUAUACAACUCGAACAAAUACGAUUAGGUCAUAGAGUUAGGGGUAAGGCACCAAUAUUUUGUAGAACUAUAAAAGAACGUUUAGAUGAACUAAAUUAUAAAGAUGAAUUAUACACAACACGAAUAGAUAUAGGAUUUCCGCGUGCAAUCAAUUCUGAAAAAACACAAAUUGCCCGCUUAGAACAUUUAAAAAAAUUGAAAAGUGAUAAAGAGCUAGAGCAUUUAGCUCGUAAUCAUAAAUUGGAAAUUAAUCUAGAGGAAGCCAGGAAAGAAUGGUUGCAAACUCUUGGACCAAACCAUAAAAAACAAAUAGCUGAGCAUUAUGGAAUUUAUGAACAUCUUUAUGGAGAAGGCUAUUUUGUACCUCAUGUUAAUUUAGAUAUACACUAUGACCUGAAGAAUGGUCUAAAUCUUCCAGUUUAUACAGGUAAUGUAAUAAAACCGGCAGAAGCGGGAGAACAGCCAUCAGUUGCAUAUGAAUCAGAUGAUAAUGUACUAUGGACACUUGUUUUGACAAGUUUAGAUGGACACUUAACAGAAAAUGAUAAAGAGUAUGUACAUUGGCUAGUGGCAAAUAUUCCUAGUAACAAUAUAGAAAAGGGUGAUACUAUUGUAGAGUACCUUCGUCCAUUUCCACUGAAAGGAACAGGAUAUCAUAGAUACGUGUUUGUUUUGUAUAAACAAACUGAAAAAAUUUCAUAUAAUCUUAAAAAUGUGACAUCAUCAUCACCUCUUGAAGACAGAACUUUCGUGACAAGAGAUUGGUAUCAAAAGCAUCAAGACAGCAUUACACCGUCUGGAUUAGCUUUCUAUCAGUCCGAUUGGGAUUAUACUGUCAAAGACUUCUUCCACAAUAUUCUGAAAAGAAAGGAGCCAGUUUAUGAGUAUGAUUUUGCACCACCUUACAUAAGGCCACAAGAAUGGUUCCCUCUUCGAAAGCCUUUCAACCUAUACAUGGAUAAGUACAGAGAUCCCAAACAAAUAAAGAAGGAAUAUCUGCUCCGGAAACUUAAAAAUGAAGACCCAUUCAAGGCACCACCACCUCCACUGAAGUUCCCCAAUGCUCAAUCAUUGCCACAAAGCAUGCCUUCUUGGCUCAAAUUACAUGAAAAGAAAAUAAGGUUAGGUUGGGGCAGAAUAAAUGAUGUUUAAUUUAUUAAUGUGAAUAAAAAGUAGAUUUUAAAUUGAUCAUUCUUUUUUUACUCCUAAUAAUGUCAUAUUUCGCUUGUGUAUUUUGAUAAAAUAAAUAGGAGGAAAUAAUUGUUCACACGGUUCUCUACAAUACAUUUUUAGGAAGUACUUUAAUUUAUAAAGCAGUGUCCUACCAACUGAGUAACAACUUGAAAGUGGGGUCUACAGCCCCACAAAUUAAUAAGAAUGUAAUAUCACAAAAAGAAAACGCCAAAACAUUUUAAAUACUUUUAUUAACUGUUAAAAAUAAAAUUUAUAAGUAUGAUCAGCCAGUACAUAAAUGUAUCAUUUCUAAACAAAAUUCUUUAAAGACUAAAAUUUAAAUGAAAGUAAGUUCAAAAAAUACAACUAAAAUGUGUUAGUAAAUUCUUAAAUUAAAUGACAUCAAAAAACUUCAGCCUUUUUGGUAAAGGUCAAUAACAUUACACCAAUUAAAACAUUUUAUAAUUAUUUGAAAUAUCUCCAACAAUUGAUAAUUUUUGAUUUUAAUUAAUAUGUAAACAGGCAUUUAUUUUAGUUAAAAAUUAAAAGUUCAAACUUUCUCAUUUAGACAAGCAAAUGUAAGUUUGACGCCCUGGAAAUUAAUAUAAAGGCGACAGCGGGAUGCCACUUUCGGUACUUGUACAAAAACAUGUUAUUUCAGUU